AUGGGAGAGACGGCCACAUCUGAGACACAAUUGAUAUAUUUGGUGUUGUGCAAGAAUGGAGUGGAAGGAGAUGGAAGGCUUUCUAGAAAACAUGAAGAUAAAGACCUGGAUUUGGAGAUGCAACUCAAGCUUCUUAACAAGCCAGCAGUGAAGUCCAUCAAGACUAAAUAUGGAGAUAUUUAUGAUUGUGUGGAUAUCACGAAGCAAUCAGCAUUUGAUCACCCCUUACUCAGAAAUCAUACCAUUCAGAUGAAACGCAGUUCCUUCUCAAUAGGGAUGAUUAACAAAGAAUUAUUAGAAUCUAAACCUUCAAAAAUCGGAGUUAAGAGUAUUAUGUGUCCACCACGGACAGUCUUCAUACGGAGGACUCAAAAGGAGGAUAUAAUAAGGGCCAAAUCUCAAGUAAGAAGAUAUCCUGGAAUUGGAAAUGCCCAUCAGCUCAACCAAAAAAGCCCUGGGUAUCAUUUUGCUACAUUUGAACUAAGAAGCUCAAAUAUGAAGUAUUAUGGUGCCAAACUAUACAUCAGCAUAGAUCAGCCAAUGGUUUUUUCAAGCAAUCAAUUCAGUGAAGCAGUAUUAUGGGUUGAAAAUGGGCCUACAGAUCAACUCAACAGUAUUCAAGUUGGAUGGACAGUAAAUCCAAAGUUAUUUGGUGAUAAUAGAACUUGGGUUUUUUCUUAUUGGACGGCAGAUGGAUUUCACACGACAGGUUGCUUUAAUCUCCUCUGCCCAGGUUUUGUACAAGUCAGCUGUAAAAAGCCCUUAGGUUUUGCUUAUCCCUUAAUUUCUGUAUACAGGGGAAAACAAUAUGAGGAUGAAUUUUUUUUGCUCAAGGAUUCAAAAUCUGGAAAUUGGUGGUUUGUUUCGUAUAUUGAUGAUAGACAGGAAGAGCCUGUCGGAUAUUGGCCUUCAACCCUAUUCACAACCUUAAGAGACUCUGCAUCUAUGAUAGCAUCUGGUGGUGAGGUCUACAGCCCUACAAGUGAAUCUAGCCCUACGAUGGGAAAGGGUCUUUUACCAAUUGGAAACUUAACUAUGGCAACUGCUGCAAGAAAGUUACAAUUCGUGGAUGAGAAAAAUUCCCUAGUGGAUCCUGAUGCUUCUUUAUUGAAGUUACAAAUGGAUAGUCCUGCAUGCUAUAAGGUGGAAUCAUUACCUCCUUACAAUGAGAAUUGGAUAAAUAUUUGGAGGACCAGGUGGUGCAUGUGGAAUAUGAUAUGUUAUUAG